AUGAUUAAGUGUGGUGAAAAAAGUGAAGAUAAUCUCUCUGCUGACCCCUGCUACAACUACACUGUGCUGGAUGAUCCAAGAAGAUCCACCAACUAUUACUCUUACCCCCCAAUAUGUGACACCUCUUUCAGUUGGGUCGGCUGGUAUCGGCUUUUCCAUCAUAGUUUGAACGUUCGAAUGCCAGAAUCAUGUGUUACGAUACAUAGGUGUGAUGCUGACAUCCCACUGUGGCUAAGUGGUGGACACCCAACCCAAGUCGAUGGAGUGGUCACCAGAGAUGCUUGUGGUCACUGGAACAAUAACUGCUGCUAUAACCGGUCACCCAUUAGAGUCAAAGCCUGCACAGGCGGUUAUUAUGUCUAUGAGUUUGUUACUCCAACAGUAUGCAAUAGUGCAUACUGUACAGAUGUUAUGAGUGUUUACUCCACCAACACAACUGUCCUGUCAGCGAUCAGCCCAACUGAUAAUCUCUUUGCUGAUCCCUGCGACAACUACACUGUGUUGGAUGAUCCAAGAAGAUCCAUCAAUUAUUUCCCCUCCAUGUGUGACCUAAAUGUCAACUGGGUUGGCUGGUAUCGGCUUUUCUAUUAUAGCCAGAGCUUUCAAAUGCCAGAAACAUGUGUUGCAACGGAUAGAUGUGGCACUCAAAUCCCACUGUGGUUAAGUGGUGGACACCCAAAACCUGAGGAUGGAGUUGUCCUCAGAGAUGUUUGUGGUCACUGGAACAAUAACUGCUGCUAUUAUCAGUCUUAUCCCAUUAGAGUCAAAGCUUGCACAGGCGGUUAUUAUGUCUAUGAGUUUGUUACAACCAAAUACAACUGUUCUGCAUACUGCGCAGCUUCAGGUUUAAAUCAAACACUGCUUGAAAAUUACAAGGGAACUUCAUUGUUACAGAAUCUUCUUGACCAAAUACAGAAUAUUACAGUUCUCCCUUUACCAGAUGUGAUAGUACUUUUGGACUUGGUGUUUAAUACUUCAGAGAAGAUGACCUCAUCCUUAGGUGACCAGAAGGAACUGGCGUCAUAUGUUAUAAAAGCCAGCGAGAAGCUUGUCUCCAUGUUGGUGACUCCAACAAACACCUAUGAAAAUAUCAGUUUUACUAUUGAGUCUUUAGAAACACAAAUCUUCAUGGUUGGACCAAAUGCCACCCUAGAUAAAAUCCCUCAGCUCAUCACAAGACAUGCUUUAAUGGACAUUGAUCUUUUGGGAAUCGCCAAGAACAACUAUAAAACAGGAUCAGUGGCUUUCAUGAGCUACACCACAAUGGAGGACCUACUGAAACCAGACUUCUUCAACACAUCAGAUGACACAGUUAAAACCAUGAUGUCCACUGUCAUCUCUGCUACUCUUCCUCAAACCACCAACACAACCCUCACCAAACCAGUCAACUUCACCCUCAAACACAUCAGAGAGUUUGUAUCUGGAGGAAAUCUUUCCUGUGUGUACUGGAACAUCAGUGAGUGGAUUGUAGAUGGUUGUUCUGUUGUACAAACCAACAGCAGCCACACUGUGUGUUCAUGUCUUCAUCUGUCAACAUUUGCUCUCAUCAUGCAAACCAGCAGAAUACCAACAAAGGAUGAUCAGCAGAUGGAUCUGUUAAAUGUGGUGUUUGUGAUCGUGGGUCUGGUGUUUACUAGUUUGGCUCUGUUGACUUUUGCUUUCUGUCGAUGGAAACCUGGAGUGAACAAUGUAGCUCGAAUCAACCUCUGCAUCAGUCUGCUGUCUGCUCAUCUUCUGUUCUUACUCACACAACAAUUCAUCAAUCUCAUAAAACCUUACAAGGAGUUGUGUGCUGUGAUAUCAGGCGUUCUUCACUUUUUCUUUCUCUCGUGCUUUGUGUGGAUGUUCAUUGAAGCUGUGUUGCUCUUCAUCUGUGUGAAGAACCUAUCACAGAUCAGCUCCAGAUGGAGGGCUGUGCUUAGCAGUAGAUUCUUGAUUGUGAUUGGAUAUGUGAUUCCUUUCAUUAUAGUAAGGGUGUCUGUUGGACUGGUUCCUGAAGGCUAUGGCAGUGAACAAUGCUGGAUAAAAGUGGAGAGAGGCUUCAUCUGGAGUUUUCUGGGACCUGUUUGCUUCAUUCUUGCAAUAAACACGAUUCUCUUCAUCAGUAUCAUCGUCAGUCUGAACUUAACUCUCAGAAAGCUCAAAACUGAAGUUUCACAGAUGAAACAAAACAAGAUUAUGUUUUUUAAAACUCUGGCUCAGUUUGUGAUUUUUGGUUGUCCUUGGAUUCUGGGUCCCUUCAUUGACAGCAGAGUGGUGAAGAUUCUCUUCCUGAUCCUGAACUCACAGCAAGGAACCUUCAUCUUUCUGGUCUACUGUGUUCUCAGUGAUGAGGUCAGACAGCAGUAUGUGAAGUGGUUAAGAAAUCUCUUUUCUGGACUCAAACCCAAAACCAUCAAAAGUGGCUCCAACAACACUGCGGACUAG